AUCAUUGUUCUAGAUAUUUCUCUGUAACACGUCGUUCUCUCUCCUAGGGUUUGUCUUGAUUUCCUUCGUUUGUAAAGAUCUAGUGUUUAGAUCUUGUAUCGUGAGUCAAGUUGUAUAUCAGAUCAUCAAGUUGAUGAUCUGUAUGUGUUAGGAGUGUAAGAGUGUGUGAGUUUGUUAUGUUCGUGAUUGUUUCAGUGUUCAAGUGUUUUAAUAAGAGUUUUGGUUGCUGAUUUCAUGUCUUUUGACAUGGUAUCAGAGCUCUGAUACGUUCUUUGAGUUGUUCGCUUCCGUUAUUAGUCUCUGAUUCUUGAUUCGCUGGUUAGGGUUUCAUAGAGUUUUGGGGUUUUUUCAUCUUCUUGUUGUAAGAUCGGUGGUUUUAUGGGUUAUUCUGAACAGAUCUGAAGAGUUGCUGGUUCUGGAUCUGGUCAUCUUGAGUUUGAUUUGUGAAGAUUUCGGUUGAUUAUUGUUAAGAUUCUUGGAAUCUUGGUAACUUCAAAUCUGUUAGUUCUAGAUCUAUUGUUCAAGAUAAGACUGCUCAGACCUGUGAAGACUUCAACUGCUCUGAUUGACUGAAGAAGGUGUUAUUGGUCUUGGUGAACUGUUUUUGCCGACUUUGGUUUUGCAGUGUAGGGUGUCUUUUUUGGUUGUUGAUCUUUAACUGAUAUCUGUUUGUCUAUUGUGUGUGACUGAAUUAAUAAUGGCAGAUCUUAUGAACUUGUUUGGUGAAACUUUAAUAAGUAAACUAGAACCAGAUAAUCCUUUGUAUUUGCAUGCUAGUGAUUCUACAAGUUUAACUGUGGUGAAUAUAAAGCUUAAAGGAACUGAAAAUUAUACUGUAUGGGCUAAUGCAAUGAGUUUGGCUUUGAGGGUUAAAAAUAAAACUGGUUUUAUUGAUGGAACUUUUUUAAAACCUGGUGAUAAUGAAAUUCUUGGUUCACAAUGGGAAAGAUGCAAUUCGGUUGUUUUAGCUUGGAUUUUAAAUUCAGUUUCUGAAGAGCUUUAUUUGGGUCAUGUGUAUUCGAAAUCUGCUGCUGAGGUUUGGAAAGAGUUGAGAGAUACUUACGAUAAAGUAGAUGGGUCUGUAGUAUUUGAUUUAUAUCAAAAGAUUAAUUCAUUUUCUCAAAAUGGCUCGUCGGUUGCUGAGUAUUAUCAUAAGUUGAACAUUAUGUGGAAACAAUUAGACCAGAUUUUGCAAAUACCUACUUGUACUUGUAAUGCAUCCAAUCAGUAUAAUAACUUUAAUCACCUUGUUAAACUAAUGCAAUUUUUAAUGGGGUUGGAUAGUGUGUAUCAGCCUGUUAGGUCUAGUUUGCUGAUUAGAGAGCCUUUACCUACUAUAAAAGAGGCUUUCUCGAUUAUAUCCAGGGAAGAAUCUCACAGGAACUCUAAUGGUUUUGUGUCUAAAGAGCAGAAUGUUGGUUUUAUAUCUAAAAUUAAUUCUGUUACUGAUAAUAAAAAGAAGUUUUCUAAGAACAUAAAUCAGAAUGUCAAGUGUACUCAUUGUAAUAAACUGGGUCAUUCAAUUGAGAAAUGUUUUGAACUCAUUGGAUAUCCUCCCUGGAUGAAAUCAAAGUCUAGUCAAGGGUUUAAAAAACAGGCUGUUAGCAAUAAUGUUGUUAAUAGUGGUGUUUCUGAUGUUAGUAAGUCUGAUGCUGCUAGUUUAACUCCUGAUCAGGUGUCGAAGUUGUUAGGUCUGUUAAAUCUGAAAUCUGGUGAGAAUACUGUUAGCAGUAAUAUGUCAGGAUUCGUUAACAAAGAAAAUCCUGGUGACUGGUAGUCAACAUGAGGGGUUAUAUUUCUGUGGUGAGUCUUCUGUUGUGUCAUGUUUUAGUUCAGAUAGUGUAGAUUUGAUUAACUUGUGGCAUGCUAGACUGGGUUACCCCUCUGAAAUUGUGUUAAAAGUCUUGAAAACUUAUUUGAAUCUUAAAGGGUUAGAUAAAAGUUUACCAUGUGAAAUAUGUCAUAAAUCUAAACAACAUAGAGAUCUGUUCCCUCUUAGUGAUCAUAAAACCAAACACCUAGGAGAAGUUGUACAUUUAGAUGUAUGGGGUCCUUAUAAGGUAAAAAGUAAAGAAGGUUUUAGGUUUUUUCUAACUGUUGUAGAUGAUUACACGAGAUCUGUUUGGGUUUAUCUUAUGAGGCAUAAAGAUGAAGUGUUAGAAAAUAUUAAACAUUUUGUGAGUCUCAUUAAAACUCAGUUUGAGAAAAGGUCUACUAGGACUUCUGUUUUACCUAAACGGUUAGAUGAUUAUAUUGUUGAAGGUAAAGUUAAAUAUGGUUUAGAAAAAGUUGUAAACUACUCUAAACUUUCAUGUGAUAACUUCUAUUUUGUUUCUGGGUUGAAUAAGUUGACUGAACCUAGAAAUUAUGUUGAAGCUUGUGUUGAUCCUAAUUGGGUUAAUGCCAUGAAUGACGAAAUAGAGGCACUAAAUAGAAAUAAUACUUGGAGCCUUGUAGAUUUACCUGCUGAUAGGAAAGCUAUUGGGUGUAAAUGGUUUUUAAGAUAAAAUAUAAGUCGACUGGUGAAAUUGAUAGGUAUAAAGCCAGGUUAGUGGCUAAAGGGUUUAGUCAAAGAGAAGGUAUUGAUUUUGAUGAAACCUUCUCUCCCGUUGUUAAAAUGGUCACUGUUCGUUUUCUUUUUAAGAGAAAAAAAAUACAAAUCGGAAGCAAUAAAACUGUUGGGAUUAGUUCUGAAAAAACAAGUAGCCGAUGUUUUUACAAAGGGGCUGUUAGUACAUCAACAUGUUGAGGCGUGUAAGUGGUUAAAUCUGUUUGAUGUAUUUAGUAAUAAAAGUGAGGGGGGGGGGUGUUGAAAAUAUAUACAUGCUUCUUAUAAUCAUAAUCACUUUUAUUCCUUUUAUAUACAUUUGUUUUAAUAUGUUUUAAUAUAUUUGUGUGACAUGUACUGAUCUUGGACUGGGCUUUACAUAUGACGAACAUAUGACGACUGGCUGGGCUUUACAUAUGGACUACUGGACUGCUCUUGCUUUACAUAUGGACUAUUGGGCUACUGGACUACUGGGCUUUACAUAUCUGACCGACUUAACAAACAAGUUGAUGACUGAUCCAUAUAAGUGAACUGGUUACAAGUCUGUGUACAUUGAAAUAAUCAUUGUUCUAGAUAUUUCUCUGUAACACGUCGUUCUCUCUCCUAGGGUUUGUCUUGAUUUCCUUCGUUUGUAAAGAUCUAGUGUUUAGAUCUUGUAUCGUGAGUCAAGUUGUAUAUCAGAUCAUCAACUUGAUGAUCUGUAUGUGUUAGGAGUGUAAGAGUGUGUGAGUUUGUUAUGUUCGUGAUUGUUUCAGUGUUCAAGUGUUUUAAUAAGAGUUUUGGUUGCUGAUUUCAUGUCUU